GGAAGUACAUGAUGAGGUCAGCUAACGCGUUCAAAACAAACAUGGCGGCUGAGAUAACGACAAACCACAAUCAUAGUUGAGUAACGUUUAAAUGUUUUUCUUCGUCUUUCUUGAUUUCGCCGUUCGUUUUUACAUAAUGAAUUCUUUUUGCGCAAAUAAUAAUUAAAAACAAUUCCGGGUAAUUUUUCUGAACCGAGAGAAAAAACUACAAACUAUCAAACGGAAGUGUUUGCCUCUCGUUUGAAACCAAACAUCCGCUUCUUUAACGCAUGUGUUUGUGGUGUUUAGCUCGUCGUUUUAGCCGAGAAGAGAUGGAUUAAAAUGAAAGACAAAUCGGUUUGUGGUGAUACGAGACGAGGAAUGGCUUUCGGCAUCGGCUAACACACCGUAUGGGGAAAAUGUAACGUGUACGUGCGUCGUGCAGAGUGAGUUAUUAAGUGAGAAAAACAUGGACUUUACCUCGGAGACACCCUGAGAGUGAAGAUCGAUACGCUACAGAAUCAUCACAAUGGGACUGGUGAACUUUGUCAUCUCCACACUAGUAAAAUGUCUGGACGUGGCCUGCUUUCUCCUGGACCUGAAUUUUGUCCUCGUCCACAGUGUGGUGCAGACUGUGGUGGCUGUAAUCACCUUCAUCACCAACCUGCCCACCCUCCUCCUCACUUCACUGCUGGAGCUGGCAAACUUCAUGGUAUUUUGUCUGAUGUCCACAGCAGAGGCGACUUCAAACGUGGCCCAGAACACUGUCACUUUGUUGGGCAGUGUGGUUUUGGCUCUGGAGGGGCUGCUGGAGAGCCUGAAGAUGAUGGGUUAUUUGUCCAUGCACGUCCUCCUGCGGGGGAAGGAGCACCUUUGUCGAGGUCUGCUGUGGCUGCUGGAGGGUUGUGGCAUCGCUGUCAGUCUGGUGGUCUAUUUUACAAACACAGUGGUUAACUUUGUGCUCAUUGCCACUCAGAAUGUUUACCUGGCUGUGGUUGGUUUGUGGCACACAGUGUCCAGCCCACUACAGAAAGUGCUGGAGCUUACACUGACCUCCCUCACCUUUCUCUACAGUAGCCUGGUAGGAACAUCUGCUGUCCUGUGGUCGCCCUGCAAGCUCGUUCUGGACUUUAUGGUUUCUCUGGCACACAUGUUCAUCAGUAUCUUCAUACUGAAUAUCUAUGGUUUCAUACUUACUGUCUCUAUCGCUCUAACCACCACAGCUUACCUGAACCCAGAGCUUACGCAACAUGCUGCUGCACAAAUCCUGAACUACAUGAAUUCAUUUCCCGCCCUGCGCAGACUUUAUCGCACUCUCUGCCGACUUGUUUCAGCCAUGCGUCGUGUGCCACAUGUGGUGUAUGUUAACACACUACACUUGCAAAGAAUACUCCAUCGCCUCAAUGUACUGGAGAGACGACUUUGGCGACGGCUGUCUCGACUCAGCAGCGAACUCGGCCUGGUGCUGCGAACACACCUCAACAGGAACAGGAACAACAACAACAACAGAGUGCGAGGGGAUGGCGAUACUGUGGAAGAGCGGCGGGGUCCACCAGAUGGAAGAGCAGGCGAUGGAGCCCACCAAGAGCUGCGGGACCUCCCCUCCUCUAGCACAGACAGGCCUCUAAAGAAGCUGUCAUCUUCAGGUGAAGGUAGUAAACGUCUGCCUGCCGAGGAUCUGCUGACUCUACUAAAGGAGCAGGAGGAGAGAAAGAAGUGUGUCAUCUGUCAGGACUGUACCAAGACGGUGGUGCUGCUGCCGUGCAGACACCUCUGCUUGUGUAGAGACUGUACCAACAUCUUGCUGAGGCAACCUAUCUACCAGCAGAACUGCCCACUGUGUCGACACAUGAUCCUGAACACUAUGGAUGUUUAUCUAUGAGGAGCCAGUGGAAGUGGAUCUACAGGCUUCUGGAAUUAGGGAGCCAAAUAACCAAUCAGUGUCUAUACAUAAAGUUUUACCUUUCACUGCAGAAAUUGUUUUGUAUAUGAUGUGUUUUUGUAGGCUGUGUUAGAGGAUAAGUCUGGUGAUACUGUAUAUAUUUCGUGCCGUUGACAAAUUGCACAUUAAUAACAUGAAUAACAAAGAGCGGUUUAGUCCAGCGCCCAGUACUUUCCUGCCUCUCUUCCCUGACUGUGACACUCAGUCCUGUUUAUCCCCAGUAAAGUAAGUAUAUAAUUUUAUUCUUUUUAAAAAAAAGACAAAUAAAAAAGUAGUUUUUAUCAAAUUGUACUCAAGCAGGUAUAAAUGGCCUUUAUUACAGACAGUAUGAUCACUUCUCAUAUUUAUGAAUUAAUUGGGUUUUGCUGAUAAUGGAAAAAAAAAAUAUAUAUAUCACCAGACAUAACUUCUAACUGCAUUUCAUGCACAUACCAUUUCACAUGUACACAGAAAUGAUGCAUGUCAGAAAAGGACGUUACAAUACCACUACCAAAUAAAAAGUCCCGGGUUAGAGUACUUUCUCAUGAUCAAAAUAUCUUCCAGCUCCAGUUUUUGAUUAAUUACGUAAAUGUACUAUGUGAAAAAAUAAGUGGUGGGGGGAAUCUAACCACUUUCCUAUUAUUUUAUGUUACCAACAAUGUAAAACAAAUUAUACAGAACAGCAAAUGUUUAUGAAGCAAAAAGGGCUAAUUAAGGACUAAAAUACAGUAUAUGCAGAGUGAGUGAGUGAAAUUGAAAAGAAACUGAAAAAUGCUUUUCUAAAAGUAUCUUGUUUUUGUUGCUUUUCAAAUGUGAAUAGAUGAUGUCCUAAAAUCCUGCUCCUCUGUCACUGUGAUGCACAUGUUUCAAUGGUCCUGCAUUGCCAUGUUGAGUCUCAGGUCUUGUAGCCACGGUAACCAGUCAGUGCCGCCCGCCCCCCCCCCCCAUCUCUGAUGCUGAAAUAUUUACCGCUGCUAAUGUCUUAAAACUUUGUGCUUUUAAAGGACCAAGCUGUGAAUACGAACAUUGCAUGAGUCUUACAAAUGAUUCCACACAUGUACGUAUAUCAAAACUAUACCACAACUCUUUUUUUAUAUACUUAUGUACAUGUUUGUGCUGCACAGAGCCGUGUAAAAGGUUCUCUGUAUUUGAGGAAAGUCCUGUAUAAUAUUCCAGGCAGUAAUGGUAAAGUACGGCUUUAUUACAUUUAUUAAUUCUCUGGGUGGGGCCAAUUCCUGUCUUGCAUUAGGUUACAGUCACCACCUAACGCAUAAUCCAUAAAAGGUUUUCCAUUUCCUUUUGCCAUUGUAAUAAAACAGAUUUAUAUAAAAGGACCAUAAGCUGAUAAGGCCUCACAAUUUAAUUUGCAUUUGUUUUUCAUUUGUAGCCGAAGUGUUGAUAUCGAUCGGUGUUUAAAAAGUUUAAAGGGCAACAUUUAGAUUCCAUUUACUGUAUAUUAUUUCUGUGGGGAAAAUGCUAUCUCUCUUGUUUUUGUUUAUAUAAUUUGCAUGAUUUGGAAAAAAAAAUAAAAAAUGUCUGCAUUGUU